AUGUUCAGACCAAUUGCCCGUAUAUGCUCAAAGAGACUUUUGUCUGCCACACCAAAAAGACUGAACUUAAUUGGAGAUUUAUACGUUCAAAAUAUUAGACAAUUCAAACCAAAAGCUUUAACACAAGAAGAAAUCGAUUCAGCUGUAAAAAGAUUCCAAUUACCAGGGAAACCAACCAUUCCUCAAAUUCAUGAAUUAUCAAGUGAAAAUGUUAAAGAAUAUGAAACUAGUGAUGUAAAUACUGCUGCUUACGAUAAUGAGAAAGUUGAUACAACUGAAAAUACCAAACCAGAUAAUGAUGACUGGUUUGUGCUCGAUGAUGUCGAAGAAACUGCUCAUUAA